AUGACCAUGUACCCAUCAUCAUCGACACAACAACCAGCGGCGAUCUGUGCUCUAAAGUCGCCAGCCGAUGCCAUCCAUAUUCUCGAGGCAGUCCGGCUCGGUCUUGUGCCGCGCGUAACUCGUCGUCUGACAGGCCAUGAACGCUCAAUGAUCCGGCCUGGCACUGUCUGGGUUUGGGAGGAAGAGGAGACAAACAUGCGCCGCUGGACGGACGGUCGCCGCUGGGGCGCGUCCCGCGUUGGAGGUGGCGGUUUCCUCGUCUAUACCGAGUCAUCGGAUUCCAUCUCACCUCCCCCAUCACGACCAGACUCGCCUAGCUACGGGCAGCAGGGCUACUACGGAAAUGGUGUCGAGGGGUCUGGCUCCACACCUCCCCGCCGCCCAGAACCUCUUGUCAAGCAGACCUACUCGACCAGCAUGACACACCCAGUCACCGGCAAGGUCAAGAAGUUCCAUGUGGUCGCAUACUCCUCCAAGCGCAACCCGCAGGGCGACGGUGCCAACCCUCUGCCCCUUCCUCACCAGCUGCCCAACCUUGCCAACAUCAAGAUCACUCCAGGCAUCUGGCCCGACUGGGAGAGCCGUCGUGACGAGUAUGGAUCCCGCCGUGCCCCACCAACACCUCACAGCCACCACUCAUCUCAUGUUCCCCUCCCCCCUCACCACCCCCACUCUCACCCCCACGCACCGCCGCAUCACCCAGCGGCCACUGGUCCUAGCACACCAGUGACGGCAACGGCGGUGCCAUUCCCUCCCCCACCAGAAUCGUACCGUCCUCCAUCGCCUCACAUGGCCCACCCUCCUGCUCCCCCUCCAGGACACCCCGAUGCCCGCCACGCUGGUGAGCCGACCUACGACCGUCGCUACCCUCCGUACUACGAGGCGUAUGACAUGCACAGGCCGCCGCCACCACCACCACCACACCCGUACGACAUGUACCCUCCACAGGAGCGCGGCUACCCUCCGCCUGACCGCUACUACCCGCCGUAUCCUCCUGCACCUAGUCGAGGCCACGAUGCGCCCCCUCAUGCUGGGUACCCGAUGCCGCCUCAGGAGUACCGGGGAUACGAUGAACGCUACUUUGACAGGCGCGAGCGAGAGCGGGAUCCCCGCGACCCCCGAGACCCCCGCGACCCUCGUGAGCUCCGCGAGUAUCCCAUGGACCCCCGCGACCCCCGUGCCGACCCUCGUGAUGAUCCCCGUGGCCGUUCGCCGCCUCGUAGCUACCACCCACCGCCGCCCCAGUACUACCGUGAGGCGUACCCACCGCGCGAGGGCUCGUACUCGUCCCGCCCCACCAGUUCCGGGCGUCCACACAGCCAACACGGCCCACCACAGCUUGUCGUCGACAACAGGUCCCCCGAGUUACGCCCGCCUCCGAGCGACCUCGCCGAACCCAAGCGCAUGCCUUCGUGGUCGCCCCACCCCCACCCGGCCGCCCGCUAUCCAAGCGCCGAGCCGCGUGCCAUUCCGCCGCCCCAGAUCCACGCUCGCCAGGCCUCCAACGGCUCUUCGCACGGCUCCAUCUCCAACAUGCGCGACGAGCCACGUCAGUUGUCCCAUGAGGUAGACCGCGACCCCCGUGGUGAGAUCCGCGAGGUCAGGCCAGCGUCGUCGCGCGGCCGUUCACGCUCGCCGGUGCGCGUCAAGGGCGAGCCGAUGGCCAGUGUCAUCUUGCCUCCGCUGCGCGACGCUCUUGGUGACAAGAAAAGCGAGCGUGUCAGCCCGCGUGCACCGGACAGGGACGUUGCUUGGGGCCGUGUCCCCGCGUAA